AUGAUUCACUUGGACAGAAGUAAGCAGAAUGGGAAAGGGUCUUUUAAGUUCCUUAACAUGUGGGUUAAACACCCUCUUUUUGAGCAGGUGAUAAAUCAGGUGUGGUGCACUAACCUGUAUGGUGUGAAGAUGUAUAAAGUUGUGAAGAAGCUGAAGUUGUUAAAGACUGAGCUAAAAGCUUUGCAUAUAGCUGACUUUAUUGAUAUUGAAGCUCAAUUCAUGAACCUAAAGAGGGAUUUGAAUGAGAUUCAGCUUAAGGUUCACCAGAAUUAUAAUGAUGACAGUUUGAGAGAGCUUGAAUCAAACACUUUGAAAGAGUUUCAGAAGGUUAACGAGAGCUAUUUUUCUUUUCUUAGUCAGAAAGCUAAGAUAAAAUGGCUGCAAAUUGGUGAUGAGAAUUCAGCUUACUUUCAUAGAUCACUACAGAUGAGGAAGUUUAAGAAAUCUGUGAUUGCUAUUAAGGAUUGUGAUGGGGUUUGGUGUGAUACUCCAAACCAAAUCUCUGAUGCUUUUGUGAACUAUUAUAAGAAGUUGCUUGGUGUAGAUUUGGGUGAUAGAGUGCCAGCUCAGCAAGAGAUUGUGAGGCAAGUGCUGCAAUUCGUGGAGAAUGGACAACUUCUGAGAGAAAUUAAUAACACCACCUUAACUUUGGUUCCAAAAGUGGAUCACCCUACUUUAGUGACAAAGUUUAGGCCUAUAGCUUGUUGCAAUGUCAUUUACAAGUAUAUUACUAAAAUACUUUGCUCAAGACUGAAAUUAGUUCUCCCUGACUUGGUUUCCCAAAAUCAGGCUGGUUUUGUGGAGGGAAGGCAAAUUGUGCAGAAUAUAAGUAUAGUGCAGGACUUGGUCUCAAAUUAUGGAAGAAAGAAUGCUCCUAAGGGUUGCCUAUUGAAGGUUGACAUUAGAAAGGCAUAUGAUUCUGUAAAAUGGGAUUUUCUAUUGGAGAUGUUGACAGCCUUGAACUUCCCUGCAAAGUUUAUUCAGCUGAUCAUGGCUUGUGUUACUACCCCUUCUUAUACAAUUAGUAUUAAUGGGUCAUUAUCUGAUGAUCUUAUCAUCUUUAGUAAACGUGAUAAAAGCUCUGUAAAUCUGAUCUUGAGAAGUUUGGCUACUUUUGCUUCUGGUGGCUAA